CUCAUAAAUAAAAUGGCCGCUGCCGUACAAAGAUAAAUAUUUAACCAAACAUUUGCAGCUGAAACUCUUGCAUUACGAAAAGAACAAUGAAUCAGCAAGGUGUCCUGCACUGUGAAGUUUGUGAUGCAGAGCUUCCAAACUUCAACUCGAUGCGAUGGCAUAUUCAGGGCAAGCGUCAUCAGAAGGCCCUUCAGCACUGGAGUAAUAAAAGGGAAGGUGCCAAACUUAGCGUCUUUGUGCGCAAUUUCCCCCGGGGUACCACCGAGACCGAGCUCUGGCAAUACUUUGCACAGUUUGGAAGAGUCACCAAGGUUACCAUUGUUAAGCCCCAGAAUAUGUUUUGCAUAAUAGAGUUCUCUAAUGCUGAUACUGUGGAUUAUGUUUUAAACACAACAAAUCACAGACUGAACAGCCAGAACCUGAUAGUUAAACCCAGAGAAAUACAGGUCCCAGGUGGUCCACCCGUAAACCAGCAUCAAUAUGGCUACCAGCAGUUUCAGAGGGGUGGAGAACUCGGUAGUGGACAUAGAGGUGGUCGUGAUGGUGGUGGUGGUAGAGGUGGUGGUGGUGGGAUGCUGGCAGCAGGCGGAUAUAUAAGCCAAGGGGGGAUGGGGCGGGGGAUGGGGCCAGGCCCGUCAGGACCCUCCAGCCAGAUGGACCCUUACUGGGCCAGCCAAUCAGAGCAUGCCAAGAAAAAAGUGAAUGUUGAAGAUCAGAUCGAUCAGUACUACCACGAAGAACUCAUUGAGAAGCUGGUGCAGGUCAAAGGGGUUCAGAACCAGCUGGAGUGGCUGUGUCAGAAUCUCCAGGUGACUGCAGAGGAGGCCCAGACCAAGUUCUCCCUCUGUGAGAAACUCCAGACAGAGCUUGCCAAGUUCUUCCCAGGCUGUACAGUGAACCAGUUUGGGUCGUCAGUGAAUGGUUUUGGACUGAGUGGGUGCGAUAUGGACAUCUUCCUGGAUCUGUCCACCAUGCACAGUCGUACAUGGGAAACGCAGCCAAUAAAGCUGCCAUUUGUGAGAGACUUCAAGUUCCUAAAGGAUAAGGAAUGGGGCCCACUGAUCCCUGCGGACCUUUCCCGUAUGGGGCUACAGGACCAGUGUAAGCUUAUGUGUCGCAUCCUCACGGAGCAUCUACCUGGCAUCCAGGACCCCCAGGUUAUACCCAGUAACAGGUGUCCCAUUGUACGCUUCAAGUAUGGAGAUAACAUCAAGUGUGAUCUCUCACUUAACAACAAACUUGCGCUGCAGAACACCAAGUUACUCUACCUGUAUAGUGUACUGAACAGUAGAGUCCGACUACUGGUGUAUGCUAUACGCUAUUGGGGAAAGGUGAAGCUUGUUUCUGGGAACAACAAGGCGAGCACAAAGCUGUCCAACUACGCCCUCACUCUGAUGGUGCUCAACUACCUACAGAACACUGACCCGCCAGUACUUCCAACCAUUGAGAAACUCUCACAGCUACAUGGUCCGACUGGUCGCACCAAGAUAGAGGGCUGGGACUGUACAUUUGCCAUGGACUGGCAGAUCAUUCCACAGUCUACCAACAACCAGUCAGCAGCGGAGCUUCUGUCUGGGUUUUUCUCAUACUGGAGUGCGUUCAACUUUGUGGAGAACAUCCUCCAAACUCGGACAGCGACAGAGAUGUCCUUCAUCUCGUUCUUUGACAAGGACAACAUGGAGGAUGGCAGGCUACGAUCUUUUAAGGCUUCAGCUAUCAAUGUCCAGGAUCCAUUUGUGUUGAACCACAAUAUCACCCAGAAUGUAAAUGAGAAAAGCAGGGAUCAGAUUGUGCGGGAGUUUCGUAUUGCCGCCAUCAAAACCUCUGUCUGGGGAAAUGAAGGCUUUUCCAUGACUGAACCAUCAGGGGGUGGAGACCUGAUUCACCUGCUCAACAGUGAAGUGCCAGAGAUCAUCCAACAGGAAGACCAGGAGAAGCAGGAAGCGAUCAUGCAGAAAGGUCGCAUGCCAUCAAGAGACAAGGGAGACUAUGAGUUUGAGAUUGAGAUGAAGCCGACCAUGAUAACGCCCAAGUUUCUGAAGAUGUUGCAGAAGGGUGACUCUGGCAAUGUGAGGGUGGAGUGGUGUAAGCGGGUGUGUGCCUUUGUGCUCCGGGUCCUCAAGGAGACCCUGAUGCUGAUAGUUGAGGAGCUGCCGGAGGCUACAGAGGAGAUGAGGGAGAAACUGCGAGAGGAGGACGUCAAGAUGAGAGUUGCUGAGCAGCACAACAAACAAGUCAGAGAGAGACGCAAGGCAAGACGUGAAGAAAAACGUAAAGAAAUAAAGGAGAAACUUGAAGCAGAGAGGAAAGCCAUCGAGGAAGAGCAAGCUAGAGCCCUUGAAGAGAAACAGGAGCAAGCAGCUGAAGGGGAGGUAGGGCAGGGGCAUGAGAUAGACACCCAGGGGGAGGAGGGAGCCCAGAGUCAGGAUUGGGUAGAUACAGGAGCCCAGGGAGAGGAGGUUGAAGAGGAAACAGGAUGGGGACAAGAGAUGGAGCAGCCAGGACCCAGUCAGGGCAUAGUGCCAAACAGGUUGAUGAGUCUGGCAAUGGGUGGUGAACAAGGAAACCAGCUUGGACAAAAGAGGUCCGCUUCAACCAGCAUCUUUGACCUAAAUGUACCGGUGCCAGAGCGCUUUAAGUCCAAGCGCUUCAAGAACCUUGAGAUGGAGGUAAACAGGCUUCUGGAUGACUCAGAUGACGGCGAAGAGCUUAUUGAAUAUAAGAAGGAUGAGCCAGAACUGCGCUACAAACGGCCAUGUGACUCUGAGGUGGAUAAACAGUUCUUCAUGAGGGCCUGGUGCAUGACCUGGGCACGAAGGAAGAAGGUGAAGAACUACCUUGUGAACCAGGAGGGCCGGACAGAGGAGGGCAUGCUGAUUGAGAAGCUUAUCUCAGAGGCCAUCUACCAGAAUGAUGGGGCCCCACUCAGGAAACCUGUGGUGGGAUUCUACUGCUACAUGUGGUCCGUCAUGGAGGGAAAUGACACCAAGGUUUGUGUGCAGAUGGACUGUAAGGAGGGCAUACGGGACUUCAACACAUUCUUCCAGUUCUCCAAGAUGUACAUUCUCAAACUGCUGGACAAACACCUCCCAGAGUUCCACGGCAAGAUCUAAUUGGGCCAUGUACACUCCUUUGAACCUAGCUGUGGAAAAGCAUACACAGUCAUUGGGAUACAAGUCAUUGUGACAAAAACCCGUUAGCUUCGAUAGAAAUAUGAGCUUAAUUUUUUUAAACCUGAAAAGGUGUUCUAUAAACUAGUUUGAUGAUUGCUAUUGUAUAAACAUUUGUUUUGUAUGUUAGAGAUUAAUUUCAACAACAAAAAUUCUGGCAGACCUGGCCAUUGAACAUCAGUAACUUACAGUAAUCUGUGGCAGGGCUUUUUCUAUAGUACCCACGGGUCCGACUAUCGGACCCAUUCCCAAAGCAAAAUAUAAGAUAUUUUUCCCAAUUUUCAUAAAAAAAUCCCAAUCAAAUUUUUUAUUUUUUUUAGAAAGUCUUUUUACAUGUACUGGAUCAUUUUCAACAUCAUAUCAAUUAUGUGAUGUUAAGUUUUUUUGAUAAUUGAAUUCGGAAAUCAUUGAUUUUCAUCACAUUUAGAUAUCUGUAUGAAAUAUUAUCUGUCAUGAUCGAUUUAUUGCAAUAGAUAUUUACACCCAAGGAUUGAUAUUUCAGCAAAUUUGGGUCUUUUAAAGGGAAAUAAACUAAUAUAAAACCAUUUCCUAAUUCGCUGGAGACUAGACAGCUUUUUCUUUUAACUGUAAAAUUUCCCAAUUUCGGCAUUUUCACGACGCAAAAUUUCCCAAAAUGUCUAGGGUCUUUUUCCCAAAUUGGGCAAAAAAGCCCUGUGUGGUAAAAUAUGGCUUUGAAUAACUCUGACAUGUUGAAUGUUUGUUGUUUUGCAAUUUGUACCUUGCUGUUUUUCAGGAUAUGAUCAUGGUAUUGUCACUUUUGCUUAAAACAGCUGUAACAUGUUUUGUUUAUCACAAUUUUGUAACUUUUGCUUUGUGUUUUUAAAGUAAAAAGAAGAAAAAGUUGAGGACUUUCCAAACUAUGGCUUGAAACAGUAGUAAUAUGUUGUUUUGUUAAUUUUGUAAUUAUUGUCUGGUCUGCUUUUCAGACAAAAAAACAAGGUAUGCCAUGGCCUUGGUGGUGUCAUGGCUUGGUGUUGUCAGCAUGCAAAAACUUUUAACCUUUGCCAUAUUUUCCAGAAAAUGUUAGGUAAAAACAAAAAAGAUAUUCAAAUAAAACUUGGAACACAUGUUGCAAAAACAAUACUAAAUGUUAUACCCCUUGUAUGACAGAAGAAAAAUAUAUGAGCAUGGGGUUUGCUUCCCAGUGCUCUUGUUUCUUUCUCUAAUAAGCUGAAUACUAUUUUGGCUUCUGUUUUGAUCUAUUUUCUAGAAUGAAUCACUGUUAAAACAUGUUGUGUAUUGAAUCAAAAGUUCAAUGAAGCUGUUGACCAAUAACCAGUUCACAAUCAUUCUGUUUGUUAAGAAAGUACAGUAUUAGUGUUGUUCAUUGCUUCUGCUACAUAAAAUACAAGCAAAACCAA